AUGAGGAACAAUGCAAGCAAGAAUCUUGACCUCAGACAAGGACAGUACAUUGCAAAUAUUCCAAUCAGUAUCAAGGCCACAACGGAUACAACUAUUAGAGAAAUGAUGAAUCUUUACAGAAAGGACAUGAAAGAGAAAUUGGCAAACAAAGCAACAUUCCAAUUCAUGAAAGGAAUGAAGGACGGUUUCCCAGAAGGACCAAUCAUCAAUGGAGCACCAAUUAUUUUGUCUUCAAUUGGUAACUUCACUGUACAUGGCCCAUUAACUGAUGCAUAUAUGAUGACAACAUCAUAUGGUGAUGUUCCAUUUGCACAUUUGCCAAUGAUUAUGUACAGUGUUGAUGAUGGUAAAAAGAAGAAGUUUGUUUUAUCUUGCAACUAUUCAACAAAGACGCUUAGUUCAAGAGAAGGAACAGCAUUUACUGCACUUACAGCAUAUUCCUUGAAGAAUAUCGAUCUGAACAUGAAGAUUGGAGAAGCAGUCGAUAGAUUAAUUGAAGAAAAGAAGAACAUUUAUAAGAAGACAAAUACAAUUGAUAGAGUUAUAAAGUUCUAA